CCUGCCAAUCAUCCGGCUGCCUCCAAUCCCACCCUUGCCAUUUCCAAACUCUGGUCCCCACUGCGCGGCUCAAAUGUGGUCGAGCGCUCUGCCAAUCGCUGGAGGACAGAGCGGGGAGCGGAUGGCGGAGUUGGGAGCGAGGACAAAAGAAGUUAAAGAGCCGCUUAACACGUACAUGUUGGGGAAGGCGGGCAGAGGGGGGAAAACCCCGCCGCCGAGCCUCCAUGGGCCUGGCUGUGCAGGCAUGGAGCCCCCCUUGAGCAAGAGGACCCCGGCCCUGAGAUUAGCGGAUUUGGCAGCGGCUCAGCCCCAUCCUCAGCAGAGCAUGACAGGCUUCCCGGGGCUGGCGAGCCCCCACGUGCACCCCCACCACCUCCACCCCGCGGACUUGGGCUCUGACCCCGGCGCGGCCCUCACCCCCUUCGGACCCGAGCACUUGGGCCAGGCCGGCGCGCUCAAGCUCAGCCCCUCGCAGCCUCUGCCGCCGCACCCCGAGCCCAUCAAGCAGGAGCUGAUCUGCAAGUGGCUGGAGCCCGAGCAGCCGCCGGGCGCCGGGAAGCCCUGCUCCAAGACCUUCAGCACCAUGCACGAGCUGGUCAACCACGUCACGGUGGAGCACGUCGGCGGGCCCGAGCAGAGCAGCCACGUCUGCUACUGGGAGGAGUGCCCCCGCGAGGGCAAGCCCUUCAAGGCCAAGUACAAGCUCAUCAACCACAUCCGCGUGCACACGGGGGAGAAGCCCUUCCCCUGCCCCUUCCCCGGCUGCGGCAAGGUCUUCGCCCGCUCCGAGAACCUCAAGAUCCACAAGUUUUCCAUUGCAGGAGAGAAGCCUUUUAAAUGCGAGUUCGAUGGCUGCGACAGGAAGUUUGCCAAUAGCAGUGACAGAAAGAAACACUCCCACGUCCACACCAGUGACAAACCGUAUUAUUGCAAAGUCAGAGGCUGCGAUAAAUCUUACACGCACCCCAGCUCCUUGAGGAAGCACAUGAAGAUCCACUGCAAGUCCCCGCCACCUUCUCCAACUCCCGGAUCUCACGGUUACCAAUCUGCAGGUACCCCGCUAGGUGCCCCGCUCUCUCCUGUCCAGGACUCAGCCAGGGGACGCUCUGCCAAUCUCUCCCCUCAGGUCACCAACCUCAACGAAUGGUACGUCUGUCAGGCCAGCGGGGUUCCUAACAACCUUCACACACCUUCCAGCAACGUGUCCUCUUCUGAGUCCGAAGAUGAAGAGGUUUAUAGGAACUCUGAUACAAGAACUAUCCAUUAAAGGGGGGAGGGGUGGGGGAAGCAACAGCAAAGUUUCUGACCUGGGAGUACUUGCACGACUCUCCUAAAGUGUAGUGACUCAAGGCCUGAAAUAAAUGGAUGGCAUAAAGAUGCCAUCCGGUUUCACCGGCACUAUUUAUUCACUAUAUGAAACCCUAUGGUGUUUGUACGCGGUAACUAAUUUAAUUAAGACACUUGGACCUUUUUUAAAGAAAAAAUAAUAAUAUUAUUAUUAAUAAUAAUCAUAAUUCCCAGCUGGACUCUCUCAGCGAACCAAGUUGCAUGUCUGUAGGUAUGGGGAAGAUGCCAAGGGAGCUCCGUGGACAGGUCGGUUCACCGAGAUGAUACACUGCCACUGCCAAUGCAAUAGGUCUCUUGCAACAGGGGAAGCGGAAGGGCGUGCGUUGUGCAGGCUGACGGAGUCCUCAGCCACGCCUGGAGUGGCUCUUAAAUCCUUUAGAUCCCAUUCCCGGGGCUUCUUUGUAGUCGGAGUAGGCCCCAAUUCCGCAAUGGCCUCUUGAUUGUAAACCAGCACCUGCUCAAUCUCCGACCAAUCGGGGACAAGGUACACCUCCAAAAAAAGGGUUUUUUUUCCCUCCUCUUUAGGUUCAAAUCUCUGAUAAUUUUCCUUUCUGUUCUGAAGCGUUGGGUUUCAGCCAAAUCCAAUAUUUUAUACCUAGACUUGUUUCCUUAUCACUUAGUUUUACACGAUGUGAAAACGAUUUAAACAAAAAACAAAACAAAACAAAAAAAAGAAAAGAAAAAAAAGAAAAGAAAAAAAGAUGCAGCAUUUCUCUUAACGUGUCCUGUCAUCAGGAGUCCUGAAACACAACCGGGAAAUAAAAGAAAAACUGCUGCUAUUUGACAACUGCGAUACUGUGAUAUUUUUUCUAAAGCACACAAAAUUCAGCUCCUUUUUGUAAAGUUUGUCUAAAAGAGAAGAUCCUGCAUCUUGCUAUGUCUAGACCAUGUGUGUAGUAGCCUGUUGUUAGGUCAAAAUGCUUCGGACUUCAGCGCCAUUAUUCCAUCAAAAUGAGGAGUUGUGACACUGUUGUGAUGUCUACUUUUUGAAUGGUGAUAUUUUAGAAUAAUCAAACUCCUUUUCUACUAUUGUGUAUUCCCGGUUUAAAUUGCUUUAUUAUUUCAACAUCUGAAAUCAUGUUUGUAUUCAUUUUUUCCCAACCAAUGCAAUAUCCAAACGACCACGUGUAGUGUUCAGUUGCAUUAAGAGAGGAAAACAAUUGUCAUAAAUAUUAAAAUUUAAAAGGUUCAUAGUUAGAGCAAAAAAAUUGAUGAGUGCAUGACCUUUGGCACAGCUGUCAAGCUAUUAAAGAAAAAGGUCAAGGAACUACGACAAUAACUCUUAGUCAAUUUAUUUGCGGUUGGUACGACACAUUUCACAUGCAAAAUGUGAGUCCAUCAUAAACAUCAUACAAAUAAACUAAAGAGCACUAAUUUAUCCUCAGAGACCCUGAAUACUAAACCGGUAGUCUCCCCUCCCCCAGGGUUUGUAGAAAUUUGUUUUGUGUGCUGUGAAUGGUUGAUGUAGUCUUGUCAUUGUUAAUAACUUGUAUGUGAAUGCUAUUAUUUUGUACAGUUAAAUUAAUUUAUUUUCGGACAUCAUCCUUUUCUGGAAGAGUACAGAACACACCAAAGAAUUAUAUUAUUAAUUUUGGUGAUAGAUUGUUGUUUAUGAUUCCAUGGUUUGUAAAAAAAGAAAAAAGAAAAAACAAACAAGAACAUUAUAUUUUUCAGCUUACUUGAAUGAACAAUGUAAUGUGAAAACAGACUCUUCCUGCAUGUUUUCUGUGCAGUGUGGUGGUGAUGAUAUAUAUAGUUUAUAGAGAUAUUAUAUUAAUAGUACAGUGCAUGGUGCUGUCACUCUGGAAGCCUUUAAACGUUGUCUUCAUAUUGUUAUGGUGAAUAUAAAGAUACAGACAUUCCUUACAAACAACAAGAAAACUUGAAUAGAAAAUAAUUUUUUUAAAUUUAUUUGAUUUGUUUUUUAUUCAUUUUCAAAGCCCAUUCUAAUAAAUAGAAAAUAAUGAAGUAUUAUUACUUUAUUAUGGACUUUUUAAGGGUAAUUUAUGUAAUGUAAUCUUAAUAGAAAUAUUUUUCUUGCUGAUUUAUAACGAACUGUUUAAUUUAUACAAUUUUCCAACAAUAGAUUGCACUAUACAUUACUACAUGACAGGGUUUUUAAAAUAUGAAAUUAAGGGAUAUAUUACUAUUUUUAUGUACUUUGCCACACAUAUGAUCACACACUUGCCCAUAAAUUUUAUGACACAUGAUACUUCCUAAAUAGAAAGCCUUCAUCUUUGUAAACCUGGACCAUAAAAACAAGAAUGGUUAUCAAGCAAAUAAAUAAAAAUAUUAUUCUUAUGUAUUGCAUGUGCUUUACUGAUAGAUGAGAGACAGACAUAAACCAGACAUACUCAUGUAGAGGAUAGAUAGAUAGAUAGAUAGAUAG